AUGCGCGGAGCGCGAGGCGGCCGAGGCUGCGGCGCGCGAGGCGCGGCGGAGGAGGCGCGGCUGCGCGAGGAGCGGGAGCGCGCCGAGGCGGCGGAGCGCGCCCGGCUCCAGGAGGAGGCGGCGGCCAAGGCGCGCGAGAACGAGGCCGCGGAGGAGGCCGCGCGCGCCGUGGAGGCCAAGGAGCGCGAGAUGGCGGCGAAGCAGGAGGAGGAGCGGCAGCUGAUGGAGCGGCUCAAGGCGCUGCAGCAGGAGAAGCUGCAGAUCGGGGACGAGGUCCGCGCGGCGGGCAAGGGUCCGAAGAAGUACAGCAAGUCGGAGCUGAUGGUGCUGCGGCACGAGGGGCCGACGGACCAGCUGCCCGCGGCGCUGCUGAGCCCGGACGUGCCGCCGACGCACCCGAUCCACGCGAUGAAGCGGGACGCGCAGGGCGGCGGCGGCGGGGCGCGCGGGGGCGGCCGGGGCGGCGACCGGCGCGGGGGUCCGCGGGACGCGCAGUGGGAGCGCGGGGGGUCGGAUCGGAGCAUGGGGCGGCGCGGGCGGGGGCCGAUGGGCGACCGGGGCCCGCGCGGGUUCCGCGACGACCGCGGCGGCGGCGGGUUCGGGCGCACGACGCCGCCGCCGGGCCUGGGGCCGGACCGGUGGGGCUCGGAGGCGGCGAACAUGCCCGCGCUGCACAAGACGGGCAACCGGUACGUCAUCGGGCAGGUGUCGGGGGACGACCCGGAGGAGGAGAAGCGGCAGAAGACGUUCAAGAGCCUGCUGAACAAGCUGACGCCGGACAACUUCGAGAAGCUGCUGGACAAGAUCCUGAACGUGGAGAUGCCGCAGAAGGUGACGCUGGUGGGGCUGGUGGACCAGAUCUUCGACAAGGCGCUGACGGAGACGACGUUCAGCGACCUGUACGCGCAGCUGUGCGAGCGCGCGUUCGGGUCCGGGCGGCUCCCGCAGUGGGAGGACGAGGAGGGCAAGACGGACUUCCGGCGCGUGCUGCUGAACAAGUGCCAGGACGAGUUCAUGAAGGGCGCCAAGGCCAUGUUCGACCACGAGCACAUGGAGCACCGCCCGAAGGACGGCAAGGACGACAAGGACGACAAGGCCGCGGACGAGGACAAGGGCGACGACGAGGGCAAGACGGACGCCGAGAAGUCGGCCAAGGAGCUGGAGCUCGAGAAGCGGCGCAAGGAGCUCGAGAUCGAGCAGGCGAACCUCAAGGCGCGCCGGCGCAUGUUCGGCAACAUCCAGUUCAUCGGCCACCUGUACAAGCGCAAGAUGCUGAUCGACAAGAUCAUGCACGAGUGCGUGCGGCAGCUCCUGCGCAACCCGACCAACCCGGAGCCCGAGGACGUCGAGGCGCUCUGCAAGCUGCUCUCCACGAUCGGCUCGGACUUCGACACCAAGGAGCGCGCGCAGGCCGUCGACGUGUACUUCAACCGCAUGAAGCAGAUGCGCGAGGUCGAGGCGCUCGACUCGCGCAUCAAGUUCAUGCUCCAGGACGUGAUCGAGAUGCGCGCGCGCGGGUGGCAGAUGCGCCGCGCCGUCGAGGGCCCGAAGAAGAUCGCGGACAUCCACCGCGCGGCGGCCAUGGAGCAGCGCACGCCGCGCGGCGGGCCCCGCGGGUUCGACAGCCGCGGGCCGCCCAUGCGCGGCGGCGGGCCGAGCCCGCGCGGGUUCGACAGCCGCGGGCCGCCGCCGAGCCGGAACCCGGACUGGAUGGACCGGAGCGCGCCGCGGCCGCUGUCGAGCUUUGGCGGCGGGGGCGGCGGGGGCGGCGGCGACGACUACCUCGGCCCGUCGGGCGGACGGAGAACAGGGGAGCUCGCGCGGCGGGCGGCCGGCGCGCCCGGCGCCGGCGAACGCGGGGGCGCCCGGCCCGGCGGCGUGGCGUCGGACAAGGACGCUUGGGCGAGCGGGCACGGGGGGGGCGACUCGGGCGCUCCCACGCCCACGUCGCCGUCGCGCGGCGCGGCGGGCGGCGCGAUGACGGGCGCGGCGCUGGCGCGCAAGGUCAAGAGCAUGUGCGACGAGUGGCACGGCGUCCGCCAGGACGUGGCCGAGGCCAACCUGGAGAUCGAGAGCAUGACGGGGGCCGGCGCCAAGGGCGCGGACAUCGUGGUCGAGCUGAUCAAGGACGGGUACGGCGCGACGAAGCGCAACUUCGCGUCCCUGAAGACGCUCCUGACGGGGGCGCUGGAGGCCAAGAAGCUGUCGGCGGCCGACGUCGCGGCGGGCUUCUCGAGCGUGCUGGAGGUGAUCGGCGACGACGUGUGCGACAACCCGUACGCGCCGAAGCAGGUCGGGACGCUCGCGGGGCAGCUGGUCGCGGAGGGCGUGCUCGACGCCGCCAAGCUGGCCAAGGACAUGCUCUCCGCGGAAGCGCCCGAGGGCGAGGAGGACCCGCCGCUGCUCGACUCCGGCGGCGCGGUGCCGCUCGUCGCGCACAUGCUGCUGGCGAUCAAGGAGAGCAAGGACGAGGACGCCGCCAAGGCCGCGUGGAAGUCGAUCGGCAAGUCCCUUCUGGACUUCCACCCCUCGUUUGAGCGCGAGGACGGCCAGGCCGCCAUCGACAGAGACGUGGAGGAAUUCGGGCUGGCCGGCAUCGUCUAG